AUGGAAAAGUUUUUGCAGCUCCAAAAAGAAGUACAUAUUUUGAAAAAUUACACUUUAGUGAACAAUUUUGAGGGUACAAAUCUUGUUAAGAAUAAGCGGGGCGCUGCCAAUUUGUUGGAUAAUUUUGAUUGUGAUAGCGGUCCGAUAGGAAUAAUUCAUUUAACACAAGAUUCAACGACCUCUAACAACGGCGCAAAGAUUUCGACCUUGACUAAUAACAUGGUAUGUGCUUCGGAACCUGUUCAACUUCAAAAACAGCGCUCGCCGUCUCUGUCAUGCGCUCCGGCCAAUGCAUUAACUGUCUCCGCGCCACCUCCGCAGUGUUUUUUGCCCGUGGAGGCGGCUACUGCGGUUUCCGCCUGCGCCGAAAGUGCGGUGCGGGCCUCGCAAAACAAGUUUGACUGCGAACGUGUGAUAGACGCUUCAAGCUGUAAUGUCGACAACUUACCGAAUGAGAAUAAUAAUUUAUGCGUUAGUAUGGCGGAAAUAGUACGAAGUAAUAAUAAACAUUGGAAAGACAAGGAGCAGAAUGAAGAAUGGAAAAUUGUUCAGAGAAAAAGGGUGCAGUCGCAGCUAAAUGCACGGGGUGCUGAUGUUGAGUCAUUGAUCUUCAAAAAAAAAUGGAAGAGUAUUAAGGACGCUUAUAAAAGAGACAAAGCGAAGAACAAUAACUGUUCCAGUGGAUCUGGAGCUAAGCCUAGAAGACCCUACAUAUAUUCCAAUUUGCAAACUUUUUUAGACCCGCUUUACGAAAUAAGAUCUCCAAAUCAAAAUGAUAAUGCAGCACUGGGGCAUGACAAAGACUGUGAUUUUCGAAAGCCAGAUUCACCAAAGAAGUCUAAAAAGACUCCAAAACAUGAAGAACCACAGGAAAAAUUGUAUGAAGCACUGACAGCAAAUCUCAAACAGUCUAAAGCGAAUAAUACAAUUUUAUCUGAAAAUCCCGACAUACUGUUCUUAGUUUCAUUAGCUAAAGAUUUUUCUGCCAUCAAAGAGGAAUUUAAGUUAGAGCCUUAG